AUGAAGGGGGCCACCACUGCUGAUGCUCAGACCCCUCAUCGUGAAUCAAUAGAGGUGCCGAGCUCUCCUCCCCGACCUCAGGAGCAACCGAUCCCUGAGGUAGAAGUCAUCGCCCCGGCUCCUCAACAAAUCGAGCUUCCACCUCCCCCUCCUCCUCCGACCUCUUCCAACGUAGAAGGGGAGUCUUCCUGUCCCACGAUUAGGACACUUUCCUGGGGCGCACAGCUUCUGAUCCAAUCAUUGGAAAGGAACCGCUCUACUGGGGGGAAUCCAGGCCUGGCCAAAGUUAUGGGAGCUUCUAUUUGCUUCCAAGAAGACCGGAACAGAGAGAAAGCCCACGGCUUGAAGAAAGAGAUCCUUAAGGCGAUCCAAGAUGCCUCUACUGCACAAGCUCAGCUCUCUUCUGCUAACGAGUACAUCGCCAGAAUGGAGGAUCAGAUGAAGCGUUAUGAGGAGAGGAUCGUUGAAGUGGAACGGGAACUCGAAGACUCUCGAGCUGGUUGGUCUGCCGAUCUCGCUCGUUAUGCUGAAGACCUUCGGAAACCGUAUCCUGAAGAGGAUUUCUCCUGGAUGAACGAGCUCGUCCCAGAGGCCGAAGACGAGAGCAACAAGGAGCUCGGGGGAGAUAGAGAGGGACAUCAAACUUAA